CCGAAUAGACCAGCCACCCACCACCGCUCACUCCCAGCUCUCACCGCCCACUCUCUCCUCCUACUCGUCGGCAGCGAUGGCCAUGGGUGGCGGUUGCCUUUCCAAGAGCCAGCGCCUCUCGCCCCCGUUGGGCCCGCACCGACGCGAACUUCAUCCCUGCCCCCGCCGCACCGGUGCCGUGCAGUUCGGGAUGGGCUCCAUCCCGGAUGCCCCCGGGAUCCCGUUCCGCGCCGUGGAGACCCGGCCCACCCCGUGCUCGCCCGGAUGGCGCUGAAGGACGCCGGUGAGAUGAAUAUGGGGAACCCCCGCGGUGGACCACGACGGCUUCUUCUUCGCCACCGAGCUCCAGGCCAUCGUCCGCUGCCACCCUCGCUGCCGCGGGCCUCGAUACAGGGGAUUCUGCCGAAGUAUUUCAGCUCAGAGUGGUCAUUUGCUUGGAUCGAUUUACCAGAAGUCUUACAUCUUAACUUUUGGUGCUCAGAACAUUGUACUGAUUCUUGAUGGCAGCGCAGAGCAAAUCCAUGAGGUUGAUGUAUUCUUUUGUAGAACAAUACAAAGGAUGAAGGAAAUCGGCAGAACAAUAUCACGGAAAGAUAAUAACUAUAUAGCCGCUUGAUGCAGGUGACACCAGGACAGUUCCAACAGAGCAGAUUCAUUGCGUAUGGCGGGGCUGCUCCACUGCAGCCUCCGCCUGAUCCGCUGAUCUCAAGGGAAUAAGGGAGCUUACCCAGCAUCCCUCUCACCUGGUGUUGGGCAUUCCAUAGAAGAGUGUCCCAGCAAGACACAUGGGAAGCAGUAAUGUGGAAGCCUCUCAUACACUACCUCAUAAGUGUCAUAUUCUUGGUGCUUUUUGGAAUAUAAGCUGUAACCCACCUUAACAGACAGUGGCGGACCCAGGAAUUGAAGCUAGCCGGGGCGAAUAUUUAAGGUCAAUUUUUUUGGAUGCAAAUACACGUGUACUGAACCAAAAGUCAUGGCAUUCAACUACUAAAGUCAUGAAAAGGCAUAAAAAGUUAUUAGAAACCACUGAUAACAUGGACACUUGUCGCUCCAUGCAUUUUGUGUUCGAUGUCUUGGCAUGUCAUGUUCUUUCAAAAGCCAAUAAGAUAUGACUUCAUCAUGUGAUUGCACUUGAUCUACCACGAUUCUUGGUGGUAUGACAUCGAAAGUGCAACUUUAGCAUCAGAAGCUAUUUUAAAUGUUGCAUACAACAAUACAGUAUUGAUAAUACCUGGAUGUAACGUGUCUGCUCAUUUUACUAGAAUUAACCAGACAAAGCACUUUGUUGCCAGCACUUGAUCAAUUGCGACAUAGCUUAGCCUAGAGCGGUGUUGGCACUUGGCACUAUAAUUCAUACACUGAUUAAGUAAGUAUUCAGUAUUCAGUAAGGGUAUGAGCCAAAGAGUAGAACAAAUCAAAAUACACAAGAGAUAUGUUGCACAGUAGUGGGGCGACGCAGCAGUGAGUGGCUAGUGCUCGGGGAUCGAUUGGGGCUGGAUGUGUAUUGGUGGCCGGCAGCGUGCUUGUGGUCUUUGGGCCUUAAGUGCAAUUGUGCAAACGCUGCAGCCCAGCCCAAUCUUCUUUUUCUCCCUCACCCGGUCAUCCUCACGGCCUCGCGUACGGCUUCGCAGAAAUAGGAAACAGGAAACAUCCGCGCCGCCAUGAAAACUGCCCGCCACCGGAGGAAAUUGGGAGGAGCAGAGGAAGGGUAGGUAGGCGGGGGUCGCUGCUCCGCCGCAGGCGACCCGGGGCGGCCGCCCCCGCUCGCCCCAAUGGUAGAUCCGCCACUGUUAACAGAGGUUUGGAGAUAUCCACGGUUACUCUGACUUGUAGACAGUCCCCCGAAGCUCUACCCUAGCUAUCCACAUCAGCAGUCUCCACUGUUUCUAGCUUUCAUCAGUUCAAAUCUUGGGUGUUUUAUAGCCCAAACAAUUAAUCUGAUGGUCUCUGUCUAGCAUCAAAAUUGUUAAUGAGCACUGCAUGCUUGCCAAUAGGCCAGGGAGCUCCGACUUCGACUCACAUCUUCAUAUGUCUUAGUUGCAAACUCAACAAUGAACAUAUUGUCUCCAGUAGAUCUAGGAUUUAUGCCUUUAGGAUUUCUGCAAGGUGGCCUCAGUGCCGCCAUAAUCGUCUGAAUAUGGAGAGUGUUUGGGGAUAGUACCUUUCCUAUGAUUGCCCACUCCAAGGACACCUAAUCUUCCUCAUUUUCGUCCUCCAAGAUGACUGUUGUGGCUUCUUCAUAUGUGAGAUUGAGCUUCUCCAUUAAUUUUGCCAUAUUCUCUUCCGCUUCAGAUGGGACACUGCCAGUCCCACCUGCCAGAUUGUUCUCCUUGUCCGCUGCCACCAUUGCCAAGCGAGGGGUGGACACAGCCUCCAUGGCAUAACCCGCAACGCCGCCAAACGCCCCCCAAACUCACCUUGUCACCCGCGACCAGGAGUGAGCAGCGAACUCGGGGUUGCUCCGAUGUCACUCUGAAUCACGGCAGAUCAUAGCCUCAGCCGAGAACGCCCAUCGCCACGAGAGGGAAUGAUGAGAAGGUUUUAAGGAGGCAGAGUCUCUUGUAGUUCGGUUCAAAAUCGGGCAGUUUGCAGCAGGCUUCUCGCGGAUGAUUUUGAGACGCAUCUCUCCACCGUGAGAUAAAAACAAAUCAACGGCAAUGAAUCAACGUCAUAUGAGUGCUCUAACGAAUGCUUUAAAGGCCACUGCUAGGCGUCAUCCGACUGCCGCGUGGCAAAAAAUCGACCGCCUCGUGGGCCGUUGGAUCAGGUGUUGUAUGGCCAUUGGAUCACACCAGUCAUCUUCAUCUCAAGCAGCUACUCCUGCAUGCACCCCGCAUUGCCAAAAGGAAGAAAAAGAACAGCAUGUCGAGGAACGAAAAAGAUAGCACCAUGCAACACUUUUUGCUGCCACCAUCGAGCUUCAUCGUAGCACCGCUGCCACGCUCUUGCAAAAACGGCACCGGCGUUGCAAAGCCAGCUUCCAGGGGCGACACUCUGCUGAAGGCGAGCUCCGAUACUAUAACCCCCCGGCCGCCGCUGCCAUGCAAUGACGGCAGUGCUGCUUUGCAGCAGGUGGUCUGCUGCAGCCCAACGGCGGUGCUGCUUUGCAGCAGGUGGUUGGCUGCACACGGGUGGUGCCGCUGCCACGUGUCAGACGGCAAUGCUGCUUUGCAGCAGGUGGUCGGGUGGAGACGGCAGUGCUGCUGCCAUGCCUCGAUGGCGGUGCUGCUUUGCAGCAGGUGGUCCGGUUCAGUCGCGGCUGCGACGAACGGCGGUGCUUCGUUGCAGCACGCUGUCCACUGCUGAUCCGGUGGGUGUUGGCGAUGCUGCGUUGCCAUAGGUCGUCCAGUGCAGACGUCACUGCCGUGAUCACUGAUCAGUGGCGGUGCUGCAGGGUGGAACAAAUCAUGGUGCUGUGAGGGGGCGACCGGCCGCAGCGGCGGUGCUGCUGCAAGAUGGCGCGGGGCUGGAAACUAGAGCAGAUGGGGGCGACCCAAGCGGCGCUGCUCGGUGCUGCAAUGGCGGCGCGGUGGCUGCAAUUGGAGAGGAGCUGCUGCGAGUCUCCAGUGCCUCUCGCCGGAUUUAAGGGAGAUCGAGAUAACUGCCGCCGAGAUUCAUCGGAGAUAGAGAUACAGAUAGAAGAGGUCAACACGUGGGACUCGCGUGAGGAGAAAGAGCAGCGGUGCCUGGUCCCACUGGAUUCGUGGACGCGACUGAUUUCUUCAAAGAUGAGCGUUUUCACAUCGGACGUCUGAAGGGACGUGUUUCCCAACCCUAAAAAGCAUCCUACAAAAUUCACGGUUUGAUGUUUCCGUUCCCAAUCUGCUGACUAGCAACCAUGGACGACGGAUACUUCCUCGCCCCCUCCUUCCAGCCCCCCGUGGUCAUCCGUGCCAGCGCCCGCUACGCCCCCUGGGUUCUCCUCGACAAGAAGGCCUACUUUGCCGUCCGCGAGAACGCCACCACCGCCGAAGCCGUCACCAGCACAGGCAACGCAUUCAAAGUUACCUUCUGCCUCGCCGACCCGCCGGCCAUCUCCCACUUCUGUGUCCAUGGCCCCGAGUUCCAGCGCGACGACCUAACGACCGAGCCCCGGGUCGUCUUCUCGGCCAAGGACCUCGUGCUCCUCUGCUUCAGUCCCGGGAGAAACCGUCGGGGAUCUUUCCUCGACGAGUACUUCGUCUACAAGGCCGACUACGGCAAGCCGUCGCUCACACCGAUCCCGCCGGGCACCAGAAACAGAAACUCGUUCCACGUGUGCAUCUUGCCCCUGGACGACGAUGACGGGGGAUUUGUCCUCGCAGAUCUCUGCAUGACGAACCUCCCACCAGACUACGAUCUUCAUGUCUUCUCCUCCAAGACAGGCAAGUGGGCAAUUACACCGUUACGGUUGCAACCAUAUCCUGGGGUGAGGAAAGAGAACCUGCCGGGCCCUUUUCUCAACAAGGUGGUCGCGCUUGGAGGAGGUGCUGUCGGCUGGAUCGACCUCUGGAGUGGCAUUCUCACCUGCAAUGUGUUUGACAAGAACCCUGUUCUAAGUUUCAUCCCGAUACCCAUGCUUGCAUAUUGUAAUGAGCAACGGGCUACUAGCCCACAGCUUGUCCGGGAUGUCACCUGCUCCAAUGGUUUCAUCAAGUUUGUCGAGCUGGAAGCUAUUACUAAAAAGAGCAGCCACACAACAGAGGAUAAUCUUGGCAGCAUCAACGAUAUCAUCCAUGAUUCUGAUCUGCUCUUCCACAAUGAGAAUGCAUGUGCCAGUCCCGUGAGACUAUUUGCUGCCCGUGUUCGUUGGAAGCUCCGAACAUGUACUAGGCAUACCACCUGGAACUAUUGGCGCAAGGGGCACCCUGUUGAUAUCCAUGGCAUCUCGGCUUAUAUGUUGCUCCCACAGCCCUGGGACGCCGCGGCUGGAAGAUUGUCACCAAGGAACCUGUGUUUAUCUUACCCCAUCCUAGGCAUGGACAGCGAGGAUGUUGUUUACAUGAUGUCUAAACUGACACGUGAUGAUAAGAACGCAUGGAUGGUUGGUGUUAACCUUGGAAAGAAAAUGACGGACGUGUGUGUACCAGUUUCUAGUGUGAGAGUCUGCUAUUUCGAUCUGGACCUCCUCAUCUGUAAAUUCUCUGAAUAUCUGAAUGCAACUCCAAGGCAAAUUUCUUUGGUUAUCUUUAUUUAACUUGUUUCCUGGUUACACAACAAUACAAAUUUUAAAAAUAAAAAUUAAUUGUAACAAUUUCCUAUUUCUACAUCUGACAUAUCUGUUUUCUUCUUAUUUG